AUGGCGGAUGUAGACAGAUUAAAUGUUGACAACGUUAUUGCGAAGCUUCUUGAAGUCCGGGGCUCAAGACCCGGCAAGUCCGUUCAGCUCUCUGAAUCUGAAAUUCGUGCUCUCGCCUUCAAAGCACGAGAGCUAUUCUUGCAGCAGCCUGCGUUACUUGAACUUGAGGCCCCAGUGAAGAUUUGUGGAGACGUUCAUGGUCAAUAUUACGAUUUACUUCGGCUUUUUGAAUACGGUGGAUUUCCGCCAGAGGCAAACUACUUAUUUCUUGGUGAUUACGUUGAUCGUGGGAAGCAAUCUCUCGAAACGAUUUGCCUCUUAUUGGCUUACAAAAUUAAAUUCCCAGAGAAUUUCUUUCUUCUGAGAGGGAACCAUGAAUGUGCGUCUAUUAAUCGUAUCUAUGGUUUCUACGAUGAAUGCAAACGACGAUAUAACAUCAAACUAUGGAAGGUUUUCACAGAUUGUUUCAACUGCUUGCCCCUUGCUGCCAUUAUUGAUGAAAAAAUAUUUUGUUGCCAUGGCGGUCUGUCGCCUGACUUGCAUAGUAUGGACCAGAUUCGUAGAAUUACCAGACCAACUGAUGUUCCAGAUCAGGGAUUGUUGUGCGAUUUGCUUUGGUCCGAUCCUGACAAGGAUGUAACUUCCUGGGGAGACAAUGAUCGUGGUGUUAGUUACACCUUCGGCGCGGACGUCGUGUCGAAAUUCCUCGCUAAACAUGACUUCGAUUUAAUUUGUCGUGCACACCAAAUGUUGCACGAACGCUGUAUUCAUUGCUUGGAAUUUCAGGUUGUUGAGGACGGCUACGAAUUCUUCGCAAAGCGCCAGCUCGUUACUCUCUUUUCGGCACCUAACUACUGCGGCGAAUUCGACAAUGCGGGGGCUCUCAUGUCUGUUGAUGAAGCCUUGGUCUGCUCAUUCCAGAUUCGCGCUGACAGUAGUGGUGAAAUUGAUUGUGGAGAGAAUUCGUCCCGCCUGCGUUGGGCUCGCUCUCACAUCGCUCGCCAAUGGGACCUGGCAAAGUGCAUGUUGCACUAA